AUGCCUAUCCCUUUCAUCGGUCGACUAAACAUAUUCAACACCAUGCUGAUGGAACUGUAUAGCGUCGAGUAUGUGGCUUUGGUGGGCUCUUUUCUCCUGGUAGGACUUGAGGCUAUUAUUCGUGUCCUGACCUUAGCUCUGCCGUCGCCGCUCAUCUCGCUCUUUUAUAGAGCGUCGCGUCGACUGUUUAAUCGACUAUCCACGCCGGCGCAUAAACGUGCAGAGGAGCCUAUUUCGACUUCCGUGAGGGAUGCCUCCGAUUUUGUCGAUCUCUGCCGAUUGUUCGGAUACGAAGCUGAGGAGCACGUUACACAAACGAAGGAUGGCUUCCUGCUUGGCCUCCACCGAUUAGCGUGGAAGAAGGGAGAGGAGGGCCAAAAGGUGAACUGCGGCCCAAACAGCUUAAAGAAGAAGGUCGUGUACUUGCACCAUGGCCUUCUCAUGAACUCGGAAGUCUGGGUGUGCUUGACCGAUGAGCAGAGAUGCUUGCCUUUUGUGCUUGUUGAGAAGGGGUACGACGUCUGGCUGGGUAACAACCGCGGCAACAAAUACUCAAAGAAGUCGGUCGCCCACUCGCCCAAGUCGCUGGAGUUCUGGAACUUUUCUAUCGACGAGUUUGCGUUCCAUGACAUCCCCGACAGCAUCGCCUAUAUUCUUGAGACAACAGACCAGGAAAGCUUAUCGUAUAUUGGAUUCUCUCAGGGAACUGCGCAAGCCUUCGCCACGCUCGCCAUCCACCCUAAGCUAAACCAGCAGGUCAACGUUUUCAUUGCCUUGGCACCUGCUAUGUCGCCAGCUGGUCUUUCUAAUGGCAUCGUAGACGCUUUGGUCAAGGCAUCACCCCAGGUACUGUUUCUCCUCUUCGGCCGCCGGUCUAUUUUGAGUUCCGCAACGAUGUGGCAGUCCAUUCUUUAUCCGCCAAUCUUCGUACGCGCUAUCGAUGUUGGACUUUCUUUCUUGUUCAACUGGCAAACGAAGAAUAUCUCACUUAGCCAGAAACUCGCCGCUUAUCCCCAUCUCUACUCGUUCACUAGCACAAAGAGUGUGGUUCAUUGGUUCCAAAUUAUCCGCAACAAAUCGUUCCAGAUGUACGACGACGAUGUCCACCCGCCUGUGUCUAUUAGCUCAUCGAGCAAGUACACCAAAGUCGCCAAGUAUCCAACGCGAAACAUCAAGACACCCAUCGUGCUUGUUUAUGGCGGCAGCGACUCGUUGGUCGACAUCAAAGUCAUGCUCAAGGAGCUCCCAAGUCAAACUGUAGCCACCGAGAUCCCCCACUACGAGCACCUUGACUUCCUCUGGGGCCGCGACGUUGAUGCCCAAGUCUUCCCCCAUGUUUUCGAUGCCCUUGACAGCUUCACAGACGCCCAACACUCAAAGGAAGAAUAUGCCCGGUAUCAAUUGGCGAGACAGGAAAGUCUCCUUGGCUCUGGGAACGCGUAUCGACAUGCUGCUAAGGACAGCGAUGUAUCUGCAAGCGAGGCUUCCAACGCGGUGGACGAACCUCAACAUAGAAACGGUACGGAAAGCCCGCUUUCUUAUAAGUCUCGAGAACGACGAUCGGGGAUUCCCUCUCCACAAGUGACCACGCGGAUGAGAACUCCGUAUUCUCAGGUUGUAGCUAACGACGACGACGUUCUUUCUUCACCGGAUAGGCCCGACAGCCAUACGACGAAUCCAGACGGCAAGAGCGACGGCCCACUAGACACUCGCGAGUCACCCACGGCGAAGCUCAAGGGAAUUGGUGUACGACGAGGUAGUGGAGGAAGCCAUUUGAGCUUGGAUAGCAUGCGCGAGGGUAAGGGCAUCAGCUUGGGUACGAGUAAGGCUCUCGGAGGAGUCGUGACGAAGAGUGGAAUUGAUGCAAGGGGGUUGGGCAACGCUGGCGUGGACGAGGCUAAGAGUGGGAAGAAGAAGAAGCGGGUUACAGUAGCUCCAUAG